UUAAAUAGAUAAUACUUUUAUUUAUAUUAAUUAUUAUGGGUGAGAUAGAAAAUUUAGAUACAUUGGAUAACGAAACAUCCAGAUUUGCUGAUUAUUUUGUGAUAUGUGGAUUGGAUUUACAUUCUGGAUUAGAGUUAGACCGUCUAGCAGGUGAUAGUCUUCAAAGUUCACCGUUGGAACGAGCAUAUAAAACUAAAGUGCUAGGACAUUAUCCAGAAAAUGUAACAUGGAAUCCAUUUGAUCCACAAGCAAUAGGUUUAUUAUGCUUGCCAGCAGGUCUUCGAUUUCGUACUCAAAAACAUUCAAUUAUAAAUACACCACAUUUUCACAGUUUUGUGAUAACACGUGAAGAUGGUUGCCGUUAUUAUGGACAUAGUUUGGUAUUUUACGAGGAGGUUACUAAUCGUGAUAUAUGCAAUGCCAUGCAUACUUUACAGGCAAUGCAUAUAACAGAAUUAUCAAGUAAUCAACCAAAUAACCCACCACGAAUGCGUACACCAAAAGAAAAUCAAUCUAGAUCUCUUCCUCGUCAUUUUAAAUUGGCUGUACAUAACAGUGCUGGUGCACUUAGUUAUUAUGAUAUUACCAAAGAUAAAUUAUAUGUCACGAAGAGUAUUGCACUUGUUUCGCAGUCCUCAUAUACACAUGCAGCUCAAAUGUUCUUAGUUAAUUUAUAUAAGUGUUUACCACGUCGCCCAACGUCAAAUUUAAGUUUAGAAAGUUAUGUUUAUAAUUUAUUGUAUGAAGUAAGUUUACCACAAGAAGGACGUAGCGUUCGUAUAUAUUUACCACCAACGGAGCCAUCAUUACCUCCUCAACCAUUUAUAUUACAACGUCCAGCACCGCCUGUUGAAUUACCCUCAUUAGAUUUUACACUGCGAAUGGUAUUCGUAUGGUUAGGUGUGGAUGCUGUAGUACAUUUGUUUACAUGUUUACUUUUGGAACAUCAAAUACUCUUACGUUCAAAUGAUUGUCAAAAGUUAAUGAUUGUAGCUGAAUGUAUGACGUCUUUAUUGUUCCCCUUUAUAUGGCCACAUGUGUACGUGCCAAUCUUGCCAAUUUCCAUGCAUCAUUUUUUGGAUGCUCCAGUUCCUUUUCUUAUGGGUCUGUAUUCGGGAUCUGAAAAUAAUUUUAAAGUAGCAUCGGAAGCAACUCUCUGUUAUGUUGAUAUUGAUAAGCCUAGUGUACAAUUACCUGAAGAAUUACCUGAGUUCCCACAUUUACAAUCAUUUAUUGCUGAAUUGACAUCAGCAUUAGAUAAAAAUGGUAUAUCGAUAAGUAAAAUGGAGAGUGUAACUAUAACAAAAAGUCAACAGCAACAUGACAAUAUAAUGUCAACAAGUUGUACAUUACCGAGUGGUUAUCAUCAUCACGCACGGCGUAAACAUUCAUUACACGAUGUACUUGAACGUGAACGUCCUCCAUCACCACCUGGCUCAGCACGUAACGAAGCAUUACAACGUAUUGCAGAUAUUGUACGACGUACAGGUGUUGCAUUAGAUAAAACGGAUAAUGCACAUCCGGUCGACCAAUAUGCGGAUGAUCUAAAAUUUAAUAAUAUUAUUCGUGAGAUAUUUUUAAAUCGUUUCGUACAUAUUUUUCAAUCGUACGAACAUUUUGUGAUAUUACCAAAUCAGGAUAAACAAGACUGGCUAAAUAAUCGUGAUACAAUGCAAAAUUUUGACAAAGCCUCAUUUUUGUCUGAUCAACCAGAACAACAUCGUCCAUUCUUAUCAAGUUUUUUAGAAAGUCAAAUGUUUGCAACAUUAAUUGAUAAUAAGAUUAUGUCAUCGUGGGGUGAUUACUUUAUAAAUUUAAUUAUAUUCGAUCAUCGUAUUAAAUUGUUACGCCAACGUCAUGGUGGUGAAACACUAGUUAGAUCGUUAACUUACGAACCAUGCACUUUAGCACGUGAAACACAACGAUUAGUAGAACGACGAUUAGCUAAUCCAGAUAUGGAUUGUCCACAGCCACGUGAAGUUAUACGCAGUCGUACAAAAUGUUAUCGUACAUUUCCAUUACUUGAUGCUGAUUCUUUGAAACCACCAGAUCGUAAACGAGAACAACGUUUUCGAUCCACUUUGGCUACGAUACCACCACCGGCUAAUUAUCGCCCAGUCGCCUUGUUAGUGCCAGCAAUGCAAGAAAAGCUACAAGCAAAACAAAAUGAAUUAAGCCCAGCUUUAAUUGCACAAGCAAAUUGGACUUUUGUUGGAAAAUUGUUAAAGGAUUGUAAAAGUAAAACAAAAAGAAUGUUAGUCGCGGCAUUGGGAGCAGAAGCAGCAGCACUUGGUCAUGGUUGUGAUGCAGCAAGCGCGGUCGAAGAAAGCACACUAGUCUCUUCAUUAUGUGAUCUAUUGGAACGAGUUUGGGCACAUAGUUUGAUACAUCGUAAGGGGAAAAGUGCUUUAUGGACACAUUUGCUGUUAUAUCAAGAGCAAAGGCAGAAUACAUUACCUAGCGGAGGUAAUGAACACAAUAGUUUAACGCCUGCCCGCGCUUGGAAAAAGUCACAAGAAAAUGUUACUGAUGAAGAAAAUACACCACCAUCUCCAAAUCGUAUUCUUAAGAAUGAACAAUUACCAAACUUGCCCGAUUCAUUGUUAUUUGAUAUGAGAAACAUUCAAGCAAUGUCCGAUGUAAAAACACAUAUUGGUAUGGCCCGCGCAUGGAUACGCUUGGCAUUAGAGAAAAAACAGCUAUCACGGCAUUUACGAACUCUAUUAUCUGAUAGUCAUAUUCUGAGAUCAUUAUAUAAACGUUCAGCGUUUUUACGCAGUGAAGAUGAACGGGAACAAUUUCUGUAUCAUUUGUUAUCACUGAAUGCAGUUGACUAUUUUUGUUUUACUAGCACUUAUCCAACAACAAUUCUUCCAUAUCGUGUCAUUAUAUUUCCAUCAAGAAAAUCUGGCUCGAAUACUGUUUCAGCAAAUGUUUGGGUUGUUUUAUCGGGAUCAUUAGCGGAAACUAAACAAGUAUUUGUACCACGACAAUCAUUGGACUUUGUCAUUCACCAUAAAAAUUUGGGUGUUUUAACAACAAUGCGUAUAGGGCAUGAUAAUUCAGGUCUGUGGACAAAAUGGAUGGUUGAACACGUUGUAGUUCGAAAUGAAGUUACCGGCCAUACCUACAAAUUUCCGUGUGGUCGUUGGUUAGGUCGUGGGAUCGAUGAUGGCUCAACAGAACGUUUACUAGUAGCAAGUUUAGUGCCGCGUCAUGUUGAUAGCGAUGAAUUGGUACAAAGUUGUAAAACACCACCACGAUGUCGUUCUCCAAGUGUAACACGACCAGAGCUACGACCAUCAGAAAUACAACAUUUAAUUGGUGAUUGUGUAAAUCGUAUUGUAAAAUGGCAUUAUAGAAAAAGAUCUGAUAAAAAUUCAUCGUUAACCGCAUUACUAUGUGGAGAAGGUGGUCUUGUUCAUUGUUUGGAGCAAGCAUUUUUAUGCGGUUUUAGAUCGUCAAGAUUAUUUGGACGGAACUUGUAUUUGUGGGAUUAUUUUGUUCGUGUUAAAGAACAUUUUGAAGUGAGCUUAAAUGAAGAAUCAAGUGUAAACAAUACUGAUUAUUUAAAAGCACCAGAUCGAGCAACUAGACGUCAAUCGGCUGUCACAAAUCAUGAACAAAUUGCUGUGUGGCGUUGUUAUUCACAUUUAAUGGAUGAAAUACAAAAUGUAUCUCAAUCAUUAGGAAAAGAUGGCAAAUUUCAAUUGUUUAUUUGUCUUGGUGUCAGAGAACAUUUACUACAUCGGAUGCUAGUACCAAUGUCCAGUACACGUGCUACAAUUGAAAUGUACGAAGAGCAAUCAUUUUUACGUAAUCGUGGCCUACUUACAUUCUUACGACAAAUAUUAGAACCAUUAGAUGAAUUAGAUGUCGUAUUAGAAAAUUCAGUUACCCAGGGUAUUUCAUCUCAAGUUUAAGUCAAUUCAUUUGUUUUCAUGAGUACAUGGCCAGAAAUUAUUGUUUUUUUUAUCUGCAUUACAAUUAAUUUUUUAGUCAGGUAAACCAAUUUUUAAUUGGAACAAUAAUAUUAUAAUGGUCUAUUUUAUAUUCUUGACAGUUUGAUGAUAACAUCAUUACAGUAGGUUCAGGCACUAUUUUAACAUCCUUUAUAUAAUAUACGACAGGUAUAUUAAAUUUGAUUUAAAGUUUGUAACGCUUAUAAAUAUUGAUGGUAGAAACAAAACACCUAUAAAUUAGUACGUUUCAGUUUGUCCAUUAAAAUGAUAUUGAAGAACCUAUACUUAAAAAGUGAAAUAGUAUCCGUGAACGAUCAAUGUCAAAAUCUUUGCAGGUCGUAAAAGACCCAAAAAAAAUUUUUAAUAUAAAAAUGUUGUUUUUGAAAUGAAAGCAAUAUUUUUAAAGUUUUGAAAUGCUUGAUAUAAAAAAUAAUCGUUUGUGCGCCAUGCCAUGUAAUCAUUUGAAAAAUAUAUAUAAAAAGUACAUCAUUGUCAUCCAUCCAUUGAUGUGUUUAUAAUUUCAGUGUAGCUAAAUUAUAUAUCGGAAUAUUGUUAUGGUUUACAUAUAUAUUAUUAUAGGCGAAAUGCUUCAAGAUCGGAAGCGAUAGUUUGGUCUUGGCAUAAACUAAAGUCAGUCGUUAAAAACUAAAUAUUAUUGAACUUAUAGUUGGAAGCAUAAUAGACUGGUGAUUUGAACAAAUGAUGGAAUGGUAGAAUUCAGACUCCCAUUUUGAAUAAUUAAAAUAGAAAAUAGUCCUUAUUGCGAAAUUUUUAUGCUGAUAGAUGUUACAUAAUGUAGGGGAGGUUUAAAAUAGCUCAUGUUCGUAACUGGCUACGAAUUUUCAAAAGGGCCGAUAGUUGUCUACCAUUCAUUCUUUCUAUUAAAAUCGUUCAGUCAUAACUGAUUCUUCAAAUAAUAAAAACAAAUACCCAAAUAUAUUUAUAAAGUGUAUGUGUUUGUUAAAAUAUUUUAUUAUUUUUAAACAAAUUUUUAGCUUUAACCAAUAAAAACAAAGUUUCAUUUCAAUAAUAUAUAACAAAUUAUAUUAGGUCUGUUCCUAAAUACAAACCGCCAAGCUGCCCAUCACGGUUUGUUUUUGACUAUUAUGUUAAAUACAAUUGUUGGUGUUAAAGAUUUAAUAAUAGUUUCGUUAUAGAAUAGCGGUCACUCAACAGUUGAGUGGUUCCAUCGACCAAUUUCCUAGAUUUUCUUUACCUAUAUCUAAAGCUAGCUACUAGUAAACAUCAUGAACGUAGCUUUUAGAACUUAGAACCAUAGAAAACGUAAAAUAACUAAGGAAAUUAAAAAGAUUUGUAGAAUACGGAUUUGUAGGCUUUGUUUAUUUGAAUUAACCUUUAAAUUGAGAUUGAUUCAAUUCAAGACCAGCAAUUAGUGAAGAAAAUGGGUAGUUUGCACAGUUUGCUAACCUAAAACUGAAAAAAAUUUCAAUUUAAAGAUCGAUUCAGUUUUUUUUGUCACCAUUGUAUCCGAGAACGUGGGUUUUUUGAGUAUACAUUUUAUGACGAUUCACUUUAGUUUGCGAUUAUUUGACCAUUUCGCUUAUGUGGUUUCGUCUAUUAUUGUAGAUUGAUGAUAAUAAUAAACUCCUCCAUUCGUCACACUUGUUAUGUAAUUACAAAAAAACAAAAUCUAUAUAUUUUAUGUAUAAUAAAUUAUUAAUUUUAUGUUUAAUAAACAAUCACCAAUGAAUGAUACUUUCACACGGCAUGCAGAUUCGGUAGAGACUUUAUUUACACAUUUUGUAUGUUCGAAUUUCAAAAAUUGAAGCGACAUUACUGAAUUAUUCACCAUACUUGAUAUCGAUAAAAAAAUAAUAUAUUUUGUAAUUGAAAUUAUUUAAAAGUGAUAUGACUCCACCGCUUGCUACUAUUCUUUCGAAAUCUCCAUUUAUACAUCAUUUUUCUUAAUUUUACUAAAUAUAUGCAGUGAUAGAAUAAAUACCUAUUUAAAAUUUGAUAGCAAGUGAUAUAAAACAUAUAACAAGUGGUAUAUCGAAAAUUAUGGAAACCUGAUACGUGGAAAAAAGUCUGUCUAAAACUGUCUAGUCAAAAACAUUUAGGAUCAGUUAUUUGUGUUUAUUCUGAAAUAUCGAAUUGAGAUUUUUUCAUAUACUACGAAAAGGCGUUAUAUUUUAUAUACAUUUACCAUUCUGUAUACAAAAUUGGUUUUAAAUUUUGGUACCCCUCCUCCCUUCACAAUGGCAUCACCCAAAUGUUUAUGUCUCAGCGGCCUAAACCGAAAUCAAGUAUUGAUAAUUAAAUAAUAUAAUGUGUAUAAAUAAAUUCCAAUGGCAGUUUCACUACUCUUUUAAUUUAUAUUUAAAAAGCGUUUUAAAAUUUGCAUUUUUAGAUAAUUCUAUCUUCAUUUCGAGCUAUUUUAAUAAACUGAUAUCAUAAAGAAUUCGAUAAAAACCUUAUAAAAAGUGGUUUCAUUAAUGUUGUUUCUGAUGUUCCGGUUCUUGCCAUUCUAAUAAAUAUCUACGAGAGACGAAUACACACAGUCACAAAUAUAAAGAGUCAUAUUGGAAAACUGUUAAUUUCUAGUUCUAAUAAUAAAGAAAAUGUUUAAAUUUACAAGAAAUACAACUCAAUAAAAAUUCUGCAGACUUACGAAAACACGUUUCGGUUGUCGGUAAGAGUUUCAACACUCCUGUUUAUGAGAUACUACGGGUGGGCUAAGCCGAGAAAAUCUUUUUCUAAUGUUUGAAAGCAUAAUGGCGACCGUUGAAUAUGAAGAUAAAUAAUCUACUUUGUUUCUUGAAAAAUACUAAUUCAAUAAAAUAAGUUUAGAAACGUAUUUUUACUAAAGUACUGGUAAAUAUUUUUCAAACUAAUAAAAAAGAAGCAGCUUUUAAUUCUGUGAGUAAAUGCUGAACGCACAAAACAAUGAAUAGUUAUAAAAUUUAUUUUUUAAGAUUUUUGUAUCUCUAUUAAUUAAAAUUUAAGUUCUUUUAUCUUUAAUUAUAAUUAUAUUUUGUCAAAUCUUAAUGACGUGUGAUCGAUCAAGAAUAGUAUUAAAUGUUUAUUAGGAAUUGGUA